UUGUCAUGUGUAGCUCACUUGUGUCCCUGGACUCUCCCGGGAAAUUCAACUCUUUCCACAGCUGCCUUUCUCCUACACAUACGUACACUCCCUCGCUCAAUGGCUACUCAUGGACCUGUGUCAGCCAUGGAGGGCCACUGUGGAGAUGAGGGGAGCAGCAACAAGACCAAUUCUGAAGAAGACCUCCACCUUCUCGUGGAGUGUUUACGCUAUCAACAGAACUGUCUAUCAGCUCAGAAACAAGCUCUUGCUACCAUAGCAACCAUGUGCUCUAACUCAAACUCGUCAAGAAACUUGUUCAAUUCUACUGGUGGUCUAUCGUAUGUGUUAGAGCUCUUGUUUGAGUCAAAGUGUUAUGAGUUACAGCAAGCUGUGUUGUACACCCUCGGCUGUGCCAGUGAGAACAAUCUUGUGAACCAGCUCAAGCUCUGCAAUGAGCGUUUGUUCCUGUUCCUAGUGAAGCUGUUGGUACCCCAGACCACUCCAGGAGCCCCUCAUACUCUGGGUGUAGCUGUGGCCUACCUCUCUGGCUGUCUCAUGGCACACAACGUUCAGGCACAGAGGCUGGCUAAAGACAGUGGCCUGCUCUCAAAGCUCAUCUCAAUGUUCAAGUCCACUCUGCCAUCCUCUGACGCUUCAACAGUCAAUAGCCAACAUGAGCACAAGCUAUGGUCCAGUGUCGCCAGUGCCCUCUGUGCUGCCACCAACAAUCCACAGAACGACACCAACCAACGCGAGUGUAUCAAGCUCUUCCCCGCUGCUCUGAGUAUUUUCAACAUGACCCCACUUGAUGAGAACGUGGUGCGCCUGUCCAUCUCACUGAUAGCCUCGUGUACUGCCAACAAUAAGGCUGCCCAGGAUCGGCUACGAAUGAUAGGAGGGCUUAAAGCUUUAGUUCAUAUUCUGAGUACCGUCUUGCAGUGUAUGAGUUCCAGUGGGAAGCUGUUUGAACUACCUCUCCACAUUGUCCAGGCCAUAUCAGCAGGGGCUUUGGGUCAUCGGGCCAACUGUGAGGCUCUGGUGGACCUCGAGUGUAUUGAGGUACUCUUGUGUCUGCUGCAAUGCUCUGAUCUCAGUGUCUCCACAAAGCUGAAUGUGGUCGUGUGCCUGGGAAUGCUAACAGAAGAAAAUGUGAUGGGUCAGCGUAAGGUAGUCAACACGGAGGGAGUGUGCUUAUUGGUGGAUGUGAUGGCCACCUCACAGAGCCAACAGCUCAGUAAAGCCACCACCUUCCUCUUACAGUGCUGUGUUGAGAAGGGCUUACACCUCCCUCCCCUACACGAGGAAUUGACUGAGAAGAUGGCUCUCAUGGACACUGUGAUCGCUAAUGACCAACUACAGAUGGAUGAGGUCGUGGAAAGUGUGAGUGGCAAGUGUUUUGAAAAAGAUGUUUUGGAGAAUUUGUCAGGCAGCAAAUUGCUAUCAAAGGAUCUUGUUACAGCGUGGUUGGACACACACGUUCCUGAUGGCGAUAAUUUGCCCACAGCAGAUCACGAUAAAUUACCUGAGCCCAGUGAACAGAGCGAACCAAAGGCACCAGACAGCAGCAAACACGAUGACAGCUCUCAACUGCUAAUGGAGCUAAAGAAAGAGAAGGAAUUGAGAGAACGACUGGAGACUAUGUUGAAAGUUGAGAGACAAGAACGAGAGAAACUUGAGCAAAAACUUGUGUCCCAACAAAACUCAAUGGCUGCUCCCAAAGAGCCUCGGCACUCAUCCCCCCAUGGGCACACCACUACUGAUCAUGACACACCGCCAGUAACUAGUAGAGCUAACGUGCGAUAUGCUGCCAUCGCUGCUAAAACAACUCCAAUCAACAAGCCAGCCAGUCUAGCAAAACUCACCAGUGGAAUCAGCUUAUCUCAGCAGAACUGUCACACUCUACCAUCGUUCACACAACCGUUGUCUCGAGCAUACAAGGAACUGGACUGCCACCAUCAGUGCAUUGGCUGCAAGCCAAGAUUGAAAUGCACAAUUAUCAACAGUCGAAACUUUAUUAAACUUAUCAAAAUUGACCGCUACACAUGUUCGUAUCAUCGAAGAAUUUCGUUUAAACUGAAAAAAGCCUCUCUCCCAUUGACUCGACCCCCCCUCCGCGACAUGUCAUGUGAGCACACCCCACCCCCACUCUUGUCAUGUGAUCACACCACACACCCACUCCCAGCCACACAAACAAACCACUCUCAACCACCUGUGUCUGUAUCUCCAGCAGUCAGCACAGCUAGUAGCAUCAUAUCCGUCGGUCAAGAAACAAAUUUAUUCUCUCAUUCAACAAAUCCUACUGAAAUAGACGGUGACUCUGACUAUAUACCGUCCCCCACACCAUCUCCUCCUCGUGAAGCCGCUCCCUCACAAACAAACACUCGCCAACCACCCAACUCAACUCAAAUACAACAAGGCUUCAAUCCAACCACCUAUCGACUUCUCCCCCGCACUUGUGGACAGCCGUUAAAUAACUUGAAGAAGAAGGUGAAGCUACGUCCCCUUGAUGAUAUCACUAACAAGCGAGAUGGGAGGAGAGCGGACCCUAUAACCAGUAUCACCAAUAAUGCAUUGUCUGUGUUUGACUACACUACUCCAGAGAGGACCACAAAACAUCGACUAACUUCAAAAGUUGUAUUACAAGGUAUGAAAGUUCCUCACAAGAGAGCUAAAGCAGUUCUAUGGACAAGGCAAGAGGAGAGCUUUCUGAGAGAGGGUGUGCAAAUGGUUGGACUGGGACAAUGGAGGCACAUUCUGGCUGCCUACCCGUUCCAUCACAGCAGAGACAGUAGCAGCCUCAGAGUCAAGUAUAGGAACAUGCAUCCCUAGCUAGAGAGAACAUUAUCUUACAUCAUUGUGCAACAUUCAUCAUUGCAGUAUUGCAACAUUCA